AGGAAGACAACAGUAUCAAAUAACAAGCAAAUAAUGCCAUCAUUUAUGCCUUCAAAAAGCUGCCAGUCUCGAAAGUGUCAUACAGAUUGUUUCGUUAGUUGUUUGUGGAGCUGCUGGUGUUGAAUUCUCAACGGUGAUUACAGAUGAUGUGAACUUCUAAACAGAUCUCACAGGGUGUCACGAAACCCUUUCAACUUCCCGAGUGGUGGCAAACGGCUUCCUCCGAUCCGUAAAGCGCCUUCACCACCAUGGCCACUUCUUCCUCCAAAGCUAGCAAUGAGCUCCUGGACCUGGCGAGACAUCUCAAGCAGGAGCGUCUCUACGUCCUGUCCGAGAAGCAGCUCCUCCAACAGCUCCACGAGGAGGUGACCCAGCUGGCCGACAAGCUCUUCCGAGAGUCCUGGAUCACUCAGCAGCAACGGCAGACCCUCAAUAGCUUGACGCUGACGAGAAGCGAUGCCCCGCCGAACUACUGUUGCUAUCGGGCCAACACCCUGGAGAAGUGCUCCUUUGUGGACAGCUACAAGCAUCUUGGCUUCCACGAUACAAUGUACGGAGAGUUCUUAGGGUACCUGCGGGAGAAUCCCAAGGUGAUCGCCUUGUGCCUGGCCCUCGGAGAGAAGGAUCAGUUAGAGAUGACCCAAGGUGUAGUGCAUUCCAUCAUGUGUGCAGUUUAUGGAAACUGCGUCAUACAGGACGACGAACGUCAGGCUCUGUUCUUGCUUCAGAGCCUCAUGGAGCAACAGCUCGCCACGAGCAGUGACCCUCGUCGGUUGCUGAGAAGGGGAAAGUGCGCUAUGAGCAUUGCUUUCAAACUCUUCACGGAGGGACUGUUCUCGUGCAGGUUGUACCUAACCGCUGCUCUCCACGAGCCCAUCAUGUCUGUCCUGGUCGACGACGACGUGUGUUUGGAAACGGACCCCUUGAAGGCGUUAGACUCUUUCACCAUGGAGGAGCGCAAGCAGCGGUUCGGCACGCCGGGAACCGAAGAGUUCCGACAGUGUCUCCAGGCUCAUCUCGAGUCCAUCAUCACUCAGCUAGUAUCCAUGUGCAAUCGCUUCAUCAGCAGUUUGAGGAAUAACACGUUCUGCUUCCCUCAGAGCCUAGACUGGAUCAUCACACAGCUCCACAAGAUCCUCCUCAAGUCGGGCCAAGUACCUCCUUCGGACGUCAGGUCUACCUGCGCAGACCUCCUCAUGAAUUUCUUCAUCUGUCCUGCGAUUGUUAACCCGGAACCGUACGGGAUCACCACGGAUGUGAUGAUCAGCUCGACGGCGAGGUUUAAUCUGAUGCAGGUUGGGCAGAUCUUACAGGGUUUGGCGAUGGAGACUACGGGCUCCACCACACCUGGUCAGACAAAUGAUAUCUACAGCAGAUUUCCUAAGGGUUGCAUGUCAUCAUUCCUUGAUACAUUGAUUGACAGCAUGAGCUCAUCAGACACACCGCCAGAGGUCAGUCACCUCCAAGGGAUGGCCAGAACAUCAGCGCUCGUCACUGAAUCGGAGCUGCAGAACAUGGUGGCGUUCAUCCGUCGAGUACACACAGCGAACCCUCAGCAUCAGAACCUCAGGGACCUGGAGCCUCUUUUGUCCAAUGUGCCCCAGGUGGCAAUCGCCUCGUCCUCAACCUCCCAUGGUGGCUCGUCACCGAAGAUCGGAGGCGGGGGAUCCUCACCAAAGAUGGGAACCCCAGUGAAGAAGAGCGGUGUUGCCUCGAGAGUUUCCAAGAAAAUGCAGCGGAGUUCCUCCAAGAAUGCCCUGGGUAUACCAGAAGAUGACGACGGUCUCGACCCAACAAUGUCUCCCGACGCCCCGCCCGUAUACCAGCCGGAAGACGUACUGAUAGUAGCCUUUGGGAACCAGGGAAAUGAAUGCCCUGGAAUGAUCUCGGAGGCUAAGGUUUUGAGUUCCAUCCCGUCCCGUCCCAAACCCACGUUGGAGCCGCCUACCGCCCAGAAUAACCUAGCGGCUAUUAGCGAGCAGCCAGAGAAACAGCUGCGCUUCUCAGCCGACGCGGACGCAUCGGGAAACAGUGACCAUCUGAUGGAAGCCAUGUCUAUAGUGGCCUCGGAGUAUUCCAUGGAUCUUGAAAAUGAGAUGGCCAGUAAUAUAAGUGGCCGUAACACUCCCCGCUCGGCGGUCAGCCUGGCCAGUAGCUCAACCGAGCACAACAGACCUGAUCUCAUUGACUCAGCGCAGCUGACUAAUAAUGCUAACAUCACCGACCGCUUCGGAAAGUUUGAGAUCGGGGAUGACUUGGAGAAGAAAAAAGCACAGGGAAACCCAGAGACUUUCAGCGAGACAUGGAGCACCGAGGUGAUCGGUAGCGACACCUCCGAGCCCCCGUCGGAACCAAACACCAUCGAGCGUCUCCAGGAGAUUGCCGAGUCACAGGAGGACACCAGCGAGCUCUCCGGUGCCCAGGCUGCAGUUCUGCUCGGCAUCAGACAUUCUGUACCUGACAUCUCGGAGACAGCCAGCGAGACAUGGAGUGUGGACGUGCUUCAGAGCGACUCCGAACCUCCCGAGGACAGGAUGCAGGAGGUGGAAGAUAACCCCCACGAAGAAGCCAUUCAGGCAUCCUCAUUAGAAGCGGACACUGACAGGACGUCGUCAAAGACGAGCGAGGGCCCCAGUUCUAGGCGGAGCUCAUGCGGUAGUCAUAGCAUCAGUAGAAGCUCAAAUAACGACAGCCCGAGUGUGGACGAGGGCGCUGUUAAGAAAGAUACUAGCUCUGACGCCACCGAGGACUCCAGCAACACACAUUACUUUGAUCCCAUGGAGGACCCGUCCAUGCUGAAGGGAGCUUCCCUGUCAGGUAUCUCAAGCAGUUCUUCAGGAGGAGGUGCUGGGGAUUCCAGUAACAACGACCUUGGAUUUCCUAAGAAUCAAGUCGCUCGGGAGGAAAACAUCCCUGUCCUGGAAAGGUCGUCUCCUCUGAUAGACAAGCAACGAAAGCUCUCUAGGGAAGGCCCGCCGACGGACAGGCCGAUCUCCACGACCUCAGGCUUCAUGAAUCAGUUCGAUCCCUUGGGCAACCGGAACAACUUCACUCUUAAUAACGGCAACGAGCCGAUUAGUAGAACUGGUAGUAAGACAGACGUCGGCGGUAAACCCGCAGAGGAUCUGCUGCAGGAUUUUGAUCCUUUCUCGAGUCUGAUGCCGCGAUCGUCGAGCACCCUGCCUCCGUCGGUAGGGCGGCAUGUUGAAAUGCCCAUGGGAGCCAAGCCAAAGAUAAGAUCUAACUCUGCCCAUCAGAAGGGAACGGGUAAUCGUACGCCCACGGGUUACGUAACGUAUAAUGAACUGCACGGAUUAAAUCAUGACUACGGCAGUCAGGGUCGGCAACAGCCACGGACAAAUCCUUUUGAUCUCGGUGACGACGGGCUCUCCCAUGUCAAUCACGGUUUCUUCGAGCCGGUGAGGCCAUCCAACCAAACCGCUCAGUUCCAACCCGAUAUCUUAACCCCUUUUACUAGUUUCGAUCCGUCAGCACCGGUCAGUCACACCUCGCAAUCGCUGUUUGCCAACCAACCCCAAAGCCAAACUCCUUCAUUCCGAGGGUACGGGUUGGACUCUGACAGCGGAGUGGUGUCCGGAGACUCUAGCGAGCAUCUCUCGCAGCGUGUCGCCAGCACGAUCAGCACGGCCAGCAGUAGCAGCACCUCUUUCCUAAACACAUCGAGCGAGAGCUCCAAGCCACUGGACUUUCUCUCCCAGAUCGGAAGCCAGACGUCGGAUGAGUGGAGUGGCCUGGAACAGCAAGACCAAGGCCGUGUCCAAAGCUUCCCUAGCACCUCAUCGGGGUCGAGCUUGGGCUUAGCCCUCACGAGUUCGACAGAGGUGGAGCAGAAGUCGAGAUCCAUGAGUGCAGACCCUGAAUUUCUCUUGGAGGACGGAUUGAUCAAACAUGAUGGCGGUGAUGCUGAUAAAGGCAGGUCCUGGUUAAAAAACAAAUUGAGAAAAAUAACAAUAAAACCCACAAGGAAGUCGACAAAGGAAAAGUUGGGCCCUUCGGAUAGAGAAGAGGGAUCAGGAGACAGGGGGCCAGAGGCUAAACCUUCCGACUCGAUCCAGAUCAUCCCUAAUCCAGCGUUGGUAUCCUACCAAUUUGAAGAUGAGAGACUCAAGCCCGCAUCAGUACCGGAAACAAGCAGUGACGAUAUCCUGAAUAAAUACCGCGAUCUCCGAAGGACCCACUCAUCAGAUUUGUUGGAAGAUGAUCGCGGGUCACAUGAUGUGAAUAACUUAGAAUCAUCCACUGAGUCUACCGGCAGCCACAGCGAUAAACCUGAUUCAGGUAACGCCGAUCAACCGAACAUCGACCCCGAAAACUUAGAAGAGUCCUACGCGUACAUCGACGCCAAACGCAAACUCCGCAUUGUCCUGCGUUCAGCCGACGUCCACACCCUCCCCGGUCUGACCAACUUCACCACGUCCCUUCAUCUUGGUCCAGAGCUUCACAUCGGGGUGACCUGGGGCUACCCAGAGAACGAGCUGGUGGCGUUCUUGAAGGUGCAACUCGCCGAGGCAAUGAAUCUUCAGGAUAGGUCGUUAAUGGCACAGCUCAGGGAGACACUGAGAUGCGUCCAGAAUUUUGAUAACGAUGGAUGCCGGAGGCUUUUGGCAUCUCUCCGUGACGACUAUGAGAAUCGAUCUCCGUACAUCGCUUACUUGGUCCGCAGCCGAAAGGGUCUGGCGUCAUCAAGGGCUCAUCUUGAACGACUUAUGGAACGAGUGGAGAGGGACAAAGCCGUCGUUAACAAAUACUUCACGAUGGUCCUCGUUCGGCUCUUCUUGGAGAGGCAGGAGACGAGUAUCUUGAAGUUCAUCUCAGACUUCAAGGCCCUUACUGCGGCUGACGAGAAGACACAACUGAUGAAGUUUUUCCUGAAGACAUUAAACACUUGGAUCCUGGAUGACCCAAUCUGGGAAGCUGCUAGCGACACUCAGAUGAACGAUGCAGAAAUAGUGACAGAACGUGCCAUCAUGAGUCGAAUCUACAAGCUGGCUCUCUAUCCUAACGACGAGGCUGAUGUUGCUCGAGACAGAGUACUUCAAGCUCAUAUCUACCGGUUGUCCAAGGUGAUCACAGUCAACCAUAAGGCGCUUCAGAUCCCGGAGAAAUAUGGGAGGGAGGCCCCCUGGCCAGCCGCCCAAGCUGAGAUUCUUAACAUCAACGUAUACAAGACUCCGAAAGACAAAAUCCGUUGUGUCUACCGCUGUUGCAUGAUCAUCAUGAACCUCCUCAGUCUCGCGAAUGAAAACUCAGUACCGGGCGCCGAUGACUUUUCCCCGGUACUCAUGUUCGUCCUGAUCAAGGCCAACCCGCCGAGUCUCCUGUCGACCGUCCAGUAUGUGGACAGCUUCUACUUCGACGGGGACCAGUUCCGAGAAAGCAGUGAUCCAAUGGCGGGGGAGGAGCAGUAUUGGUGGAUGCAGUUCUGUGGUGCCAUAGAGUACAUUAAGACUUUAGACGACAGAAAAUAAAACAGCAGUAGGAUUUUCAAAGGCAGUGGACACUAUUGGUAAUUACUCAAAAUAAUUAUUAGCAUAAAACCUUACUUGG